AUGAACACCCCAGUGAUACCACGGAAACCGCUUCCAGAACCGGCACAGGCAUACUUCAAUGAUUCGAAUGAUUCGGCUGCUACAUUUGGGUCGCAAUGGGCAGCACCUUCACCUCCUGGUCAACAAAUGAAAGAUGUCAACACGGUCACUACUCUCCCACGUGAAAUUCCUUCACCUGACGACAAGCCCGUUUACUCAGGAAGGCGGCAUGGACUUGGAUGUGGUAUCUUUGCUGGUAUGAAAACAAGUACUUUUGGAUCGACACUCUCUCGUCACUUCAACAACUUUCUGCCACCACACCAAAGAUACUUCAACAACUACAUUAACCGCCGUACGCUACUCAUCAUGAUCGGCAUCACAUUUGUUUCCGUUCUUGCUCUCAUCAUCGGUCUUGCAGCAGGCUUGUCCAUCGGCUCCAACAACAAUGCUCUUCCCCCGCCCAAGGGAGCCCAGACCACUGGCGAAAUGACCUUCUACAACCCUGCGCUUGGUGCUUGUGGUACCAAUCAUGGUGACGGAGAUGCUGUCAUGGCCAUCUCACACGUCAUCUGGGACGAGAAUCAGGUCGGCCCUAACCCAAACACCAAUCCGCUAUGUGGCAAGAAGAUCCGAGCUCAUCGCGUCGACGAGAGGACCGGCAAGGACGCCAGCAUUAUGGUCACCAUUGUCGACAGGUGCGUUGGAUGCGAUCGUAACAACAUCGACGUCAGCCCCGCCAUGUUCGACAAGUUGGCUGAUAAAGCCAAGGGUAGGGUCAAUGUGGAGUGGUCCUGGGCUGGAUGCCGUACUGCGCGUAUAUCUAUGCCUACGAAGCUGCAGAGAGAACGUUCUUUCAAGUCUUCUGCAGGUGGGCGACGCUACGCCAUAAGCAAUCCCAUCCCAGUCAAUGAAUCCACCACACCUAUCUCCGCUGAGUUUCCAGCUCCGGCCUCAAAGUUCGAAAAGGAGCUACCAAGUACUCCUGAGACAUUAUGUCCCAACAUAUCGCCUCUCAAUUUCUCUGAAGAUAAAACAUUCGAUCAAGACAAGCAUAUCGGUAGUGGCCUACCACAGCACAGUAGCGCUGAAAAAGUCGAGGAUAAAACAGACAAAAAGCGCAGUGAAUACGUCAGCUCUGCAUAUUCUGAGUUAGUCUUUGGCCACAAGGAUCUAUGCAAAGACUCCUUCAGCGCUUUCAAACAAGGUCCCUACAGCACUUUACCACGUACACCCGCAAGUGAGACAAAAGAAAACUCUGCUGGAUUAGGGGUUAUCGAAGUACCGCUCAAACCUUCGGCGCUAGAAGGAUAUAGAGAAAUGACUGGGAAGUCUUACAAGCAAAAGGUCUCUGAUUCCAAACGAGACUCCACAUGGUAUUGUACGCUAUGCUGGUUGACUAUUCUAACCCUAGUUGUUGGUAUCCUGGCAGCGUUGAGUCAUGCAAAGUCCGCUAGCCUAGAGAAAGAGGUCAAGGGGAUGAGGGCAAGCAAAACGCUUAGUUUAUCGUCAGCGUUGCCAUCAUUGGAGUCGUCAACCCUGAGGAGAGCCACAAGUAUCGAGCCGCAAUUGGAGAGCAACUCAGCAAGCGUCAUACUUUUGACAUCUUUUCUCGAGACUAGCGAAACUCCUAUCCCAAGCCCUACUCCUACAUCCACACUUAAGCCUAGUUCAGUACGGCCAUCACGUUCGAGUACCAGCAGUUCUCUACAAACCUCCUCCUUCUUGCAAACUGUGGAUAUAGAUGGUAACCUUGUCCGACGGAGUGGCUACCUAGUUCGACAUGAGUAUGCUCCCCCUGGUGAUAUUCUGACUCUACACUCGGAUUUGGAUCGAAGGAAAGACUCAGGGGACCGCGAAGAUACUACGACUACUACAACCACAACCUUAACAACUACGAUUACGAGUACCCUUCGGACAUCUGAGCCAGUGGUAUCAAGCGCUAGGAGCAACUUUGCUUCCUCACAGCUGCUAGAACCCAAACCUACGAAAGCUGGUUCAGAGUGUAUGACAAAUACAGUUAUUUAUACUGCUAGUUUGUCGACUUCUGUACUUUCCUAUGAGAUGAACUUUCCAAGUACGAUAACGUCAUCUGCCACCGUGGACUCGACCCUCAGUCCAGACACGACGCCUUCGCCUACUACAUCUCCAGCUGUCGAAACCCUACGGGAAGAUACUGCUGUUGUCUCGGCUUCCUCCAGUGCGAUAGCGAGGCGGCUAGUAGCACCACUUGCAUGGAAGAACCUACACAACCUCCGACGCUUCUUCCCCUUGGUCGGCGAAUACAAAAUCGAAACACAGCAGACUCGACAUCUAGCUCCUUCUAUCACAGUGCGUCCGAUUACAACCACAACACAUCCCGCUCAAAUUAACAAUGCUGGUACUACGGCACAGCUUAUCGGUAUAGCGAGCAGCAAUGCCGCCGCUCGUCGACAAGCUUAUCACUGGAUAGCAACGGGUGGAUCAACUUCUGCAUUGCCCUCGAAAACUCAUGAGCGUCGUCAAUCGCCUUCCCGAUCACGUUUCCUACUAGAUGCGGGUACGGGCACAAUGAGUGGGAGACCCUUGGUGAGACUUCCUAGCAGUGUACCACCAACAUCUAGUAAAAAGCCCACUGUAUGUACAGCUGUCAAAUCUAAAACAUCCAGCAGCGGGACUGUCUCCUCAAUCCCAACCAUCUCGCUGCAACAAAACGCCCUGGCAAAUACAAAUCCUGGUUCUGCUAUCCCCCCAACCGUACCAGUUUCUACGUCCGUUAGAACCUUCCCCAUAAGUUCCACCAGUAUGUUGUACUCAGUCUCCGUCUCACCUAGCCCACUGAAACCUGGAGUCCCGCCAACCUCAGCAACUGCAGCACCCGGUUCUGAAAUCGGAGUUCUGCCUGAACACCCCUCUCGGACCCCACCGUCAGAAUGGACAAUUUCCAUGCUUACCUACAGUACUCAAGCCGCCAGGUACACCAACCUGCGUACUAUGCCCAGCAAUGCGGCCGGAACACCACCAGUCUAUACAGGCCCGCACCUGGCCAAAGACUGGCCAAAUCUCUUCCCCUUCCCCAUUCCUACCGGCUACGUAGCUCCCAACAUUGUCCCUGCGGACCCCCAAGCUGGACAGUUGACUUACUUCAACCCUGGUCUAGGAGCAUGCGGAUCCCCCAGAAUGACGUCAAAUGAGCUCGCUGUCGCGAUAAGCUGGGAGCUGUUUGACAUGGGACGAGAGAUUGGAGGGUCAUCUUUGGAAGAGGGAUGGAAGUCAGAUGGGAUGAACCCGGAUGGGAAACUCGGGGAUUCUAUUGAUCGGAGCUCAAGUGCGCUGUGUAACCAAGGAAUCAGAGCAUGGAUAGGCGACGAGAGCGGAGAAAGGCUUGUGGAACAGGAAUUUGUGGUGAGAGAUCGUUGCGAAGGGUGUAACGUGUCGGAUCUGGAUAUUCAGCCGGAUGUAUAUUCUAAGCACUGGGAUGGGAUGGGCAAGGAAAGAAUUCAGGUUACGUGGGAGUGGAUGCAAGAAGCGCCUACUGGCGUGCCAGGCUAG